AUAUUUUUUCCACAAGAUAUGGUACUUAAAAACAGCGUAUGACACAGACUUUUUCUACAUUAGAAGCAAGAGGCAAACUCCAGGGCUGAAAACAGAAGCCAAUGUGGAAGUGGCAAAAACCGCAGUUCCUCAAAUGGCCUCUUGAGGCUGGCUCCAAAUGUGGGUCAGUCCUCAUAGACCCCCAUAUUAAAAUGGCCAGCUUUACAGCAGAAAUGAGCAUGUUUGCAGCCUGGUACGACAGCCUGGCAUUUUUUUUUUUAUAACUAUAGCUAAUUUCCCCUUUCAUGACAUCUCCAUUGCAAUUAGUCUCUGUCAAAUAGACAGAGCAGCGUCUUUUGGGCCCUGUCGGGAUCGAGCAUGUUCUUUCUGGACAAAAUGUCAAAGCAUGACUGACGGAUGGGGAUUGUCCAGAUUGUUCACGACAGCAUUGCAUGUCUGCCGCAUCAGACAGACAGUUUGUAUCUCGCCGUGAAGCAGCAGGUCUGAGUGUUAUUACUAUGGUAUGAUUUACCAGGAAGGUGUGUUUGUACACAUUUGGUUGGCUAAUACAGCACAUCACCAGUUGACUCAGGUUCAAUUUUUUUAUUUUAUUUUUUUGCCAGACGACAUUGUGUUUUUCUCAAGACCCCAAAGCAUCAGUGCAGUGGUCUGCUAUAUUGUGUGGUUGUAUUUUUGUGUUUUGUUUUGUUUCUUCAAACAGUGCAGUUUUGUCAUCUGUUAAAAGGUCGAGAAUGACUUUUCACUGUAAUGUUUGGAUGUCUGAAUUAUUCAUUUCUUUCACAAACCUAAAAAAUAUGUGAUGUGUGUACUUGGGUGGCAGUGGUGGAAAGUAAGUAUAUACAUUCACUCAUCUACAAUACUUUUUACUCCACUUCAUUUAUUUAAUACCUUUAGUUACUAGUUGCCUUGCAGACGCAGAUUAAUAAUACAAAAUCUAUUAACAAAUAAAAUAGGAUAUAUUGUUAUGAAUAAAGACAAUGCUUUGUUAAUCCCUUUCACAUGCUACCCAGCAGUAAAAAUUAAUACACCCCACUAGAUGCAACAUUAACCUAAUAUAGCAUAUUAAUGUAUCAGCCUCAAUGGCAACACAGGAAACGCUAAAUGAUGCAUCAGAAAAGGAGGAUGGAAGUCGGUGAAUAUGACUAAAUGUAACGUGAAUAAAACUUAAACACAUUACCUCAUCCGUGAACAUAUCAGAGAGAUUUUCAUCUGUGAUGGUGGUUGUUUAACAAUGAAGAUAACUCCCAUGAUCCCACGCUACUCCAUCAAACAUGUUUUGUUUUCAUUGUUUUGAUUGAGAGAGCCCUAGUGACUGAGUGUUUGAAUGCAGCACUUUUACUUACAACAGUAUUUCUGCAUUGUAGUGUUGCUACUUUUACUUAAGUAAAAGAUCUGAGUGCGUCUUCCACCACUGGUGGUGAUGGCGGCGGUGGUGAGGGGGCCGAUUUGGGAAGAAGGGUGAUCAAUAUUUUGUAAGGGGCACCAGGAUUUCCUGCUACGCUCCUGCAAACUCGAUGCUGUAUUUUUCAUGAUUAUAACUGAUCAGUUUGUAUGGUGACCCAACAAUGCUGCUGGCGACAGCUGCGCUAUUUGGACCACAUGUUGUUCUGUGUCAGUGCCUUUCACCCCUUGGUGUGUAUUAAUGUAUGCUGUAUGUGGUGUUGCUCCUCACUGUCAGAGUCUCAGGGAUGCAGGAGUUUGCGGACCAAUCAGGAGAGACUGGCGCUGUGACGUCAUCACCGCUGCUCUGAUAGAACACGGGGCAUCAGUCCCAUCCAUUAGCAGGCUAGCUGGCUAACUGUAGCUAAUGUCAGCUAUGGUCCAUCACUGUUAUCUCAUUUCUAAAAUAAACAACUUCUCGGAAUGACCUGGCUUGGUAAGAGCACACUGGGAGAAUGGGGACUGUUCGAAUUUUACACACUAACUUGGAUCGCAGUACUGCAACGAAGCGAGGUAAGAGGUCAGAAAGGUUUUCUACCCAAUGUUUGUCCGUAGUAAGCACGCUAGUUAGCUUGUUUACAGACGCCGUAUUGAACACCGCCACCUAGCUAGAUUAGCUUCCUAGCGGCUAAUCCUAUUAAACGACCGGUUUAUGGCAAUUUAUAACCAGCGAUUGCCGCUGCGCUAGUCAUAGUUGUGUUUUGGCACAGAGUCAGACAAACCAGACAGUGCUAGCUGCUAUCUUUUCGUGACCAUCUAGCAGUGCUUAGCGUCUUACAGGAACCUUGGAGACGUGAGGUGUAGCUAACCUUUGUAGCAUUUAAAUGGUGAUCUCCACAUAUUGCUGUCAGGUCCAAUAAGAUGUAUGAUCAGCUAAAAGUAGUGGUUGGCUCUUUCCGUUAUUUGCACGCCCAUUAGCCUGCAGUGUAAUGUGACUUUCAAAGAGAAAACCGGUCUGAAUUUUAAAAUCUGUGCCGUGUUUUCAGUGAGGGGCGUGCGUCACUGAUGCCAGGUGCAGGCAGUAGCUGAGAGCACUCAGGAUGAGUGGGGCUGGAGAGCACACUGACAUCCUGUCAGUGGCAGACGUGGUCAGAGACAGAUGGAAAGUGGCGAGGAAGAUAGGUGGAGGCGGGUUUGGGGAGAUCUACGAAGUUUUGGAUCAGCUGAGCCAGGCCACUGUCGCCUUGAAGGUGGAGUCUGCUCAGCAACCCAAACAGGUGCUGAAGAUGGAGGUGGCUGUGCUGAAGAAGCUUCAGGGCAAAGACCACGUGUGUCGCUUUGUGGGCUGUGGCCGAAAUGAUCGUUUCAACUAUGUGGUGAUGGAACUCCAGGGGAGGAAUCUGGCCGAUUUGCGCAGAACCAUGACCCGUGGCACCUUCUCCGUCUCCACAACUUUGAGACUUGGCAAGCAGAUUUUAGAGGCCAUUGAAAGCAUCCACUCUGUAGGCUUCCUUCACCGUGACAUUAAACCUUCCAACUUUGCGAUGGGAAGACUAGCCAGUACCUGCAGAUGCUGCUAUAUGCUUGAUUUUGGCUUGGCCCGUCAGUUUACCAACUCCAGCCAGGAAGUCCGUCCACCUCGUCCUGUGGCAGGUUUCAGAGGAACUGUGCGAUAUGCUUCAAUCAAUGCUCAUAAGAAUAAGGAAAUGGGCCGUCAUGACGACCUGUGGUCCCUCUUUUACAUGCUGGUUGAAUUCAUGGUUGGUCAGCUGCCGUGGAGGAAAAUUAAAGACAAAGAACAAGUAGGGAAUCUAAAGGAGACAUAUGACCAUCGACUCAUGCUCAAGCACCUUCCCUCGGAGUUUAGCACUUUUCUGGAUCAUAUCUUGACCCUGGACUACUUCACUAAGCCGGACUAUCAGCUCCUGAUGUCAGUGUUUGAGAAUGCUAUGAAGAGCCACAACGUGCUGGAGAAUGACCCGUACGACUGGGAGAAAUGUGACUCCGAGGAUAUGCUGACCAUCACUGCCGCAGCAACCACUGCUCAGCAGCUCACUCGCCUCACGCCAGCGUACUUGGGCAUGGCCAAUGCUUCAGUGCUGCCGGGCGAGCUACAGAGGGAGAACACGGAGGAUGUCCUGCAAGGGGAGCGCCUCAGUGAUGCUGACAACUGCCCCCCCAUCCCUACGCCGACCACCCCUGGUGGAGAUGUAUGGGAAGAGAUGGACCGCAACCGAAACCAUAAACACCCCCAGCCGAUGAUCAGGAAGGUGGUGAGUGAGGAUGAACACAGCCAGAACCAGGGGAACCAGAGCCCCAACACUGGCUCCAUGCAGAGUUCUCCGAGACGGGUGCGAUCAGAGACCAUGUUCUUGGAGCGUGCUGCGCCACUGCUCAGGAGGAUGAGACACAGUCAGAGCUUGGCAUUUGAAAAGAGGCUCGCACCCGAACCCAAGCCCACCAUUGAGCGCUUCCUUGAGGCCUACUUGGGCAAACAGCGUCCUGUCCUUUCUCAAGUUGGGGAGAAAUCCAUUCCUGAGAGGGGACACGGGCAGCAGACGUCUUCUUGCAAUGAAGAACACUCUGGCACAGCAACCCCUGACCCGGAGGAGGGAGCAGCGAGCAGUGGUUUUGUGGCUGUAAACCUCAGUCCCGUGCCCCAGGAGGGAGACUCUCAGGAGUGGGUGAUGCUGGAGCUAGAGCAAGGCAACGGUUCUGGAGCCACCAAGCCUUCAGGUGAGGCCCUGCAUGAGGACAGGCCUGGGACUCGCACGGCCGUUGAGACUGAGAACCAGUCCUCUGAGCCGCAAGAUGGUCAGUCCGCAGCAGUGCCAAGCAGUCCUGUCCUGUCGCAGAUGUCCAUGCCUGGCACGUGGUUACUGGGCCACAGGAGGCUGCCGGGGAUGCUGGGACAAAUGCCCUCAGUCAUUAUGGGAAGACCCCAGAUGGACCAGUCCUCUAGCUGUGCACCACAGUCCCCGGUCCAGGAGAGGAGUGAUGCCAUACCACUAGAGGCACCAUCUGAUAAAUCUGACCAAGUCCAACAGGAAAUCUUACAGGAUGGAGGGAGGUUGGAGUUAGCUCCGGUGCCAAGCCCAGCCAAAGGUCCCACUGCUCAUCUGACAAACGACAGAGACCCAGAGAGCGAUUCUGGCCUGCCCGACCGCUCCUCAGAGCCCAAUCAGCAGCCCCAAGCUGACACAGCAGGAGGCGCUGUGGAGAGCACUGUCACCGUCUCCUCCUCCCCACCCCCAGCUCUGCUCAGGCGAAGAGACUCUCCCUCGUCCCCAAGACUGAGCCGAAUCCCAGUCCGGGACCCCGGCGGCCCCUUGGACUCUCCGAGCAGGGACCUCAACUUGGAGAGGCGUCACCGCUGGAGCAGCCCGGUCCCUGGCUCCCCCACCCACUCACCCUCUCCAUCUCUGUCCUGCGACAACUUGCCUUGCGCCUUGCCGAGGGAUAGGCUCUCCUCGGAGCGAGGCUCCAGGUCCGACUGCGUAGGAGAAGACCCUCUUUCUCUGUCCUCCUCAUCAGGUAGUAAAAGUAAGAUCCCACGUCCUGUGAGCGCCACCUUCAUACCCGAGCAACUCACAAGCAAGUUUCUGCCUCGACCGCCUCCUGGGAAGCCACCCAUCCGCCCCUGUGUGGACAACAGGCGACGGCGGUUGAGAGUGCGAGCCAGCAGCACUAGCGAUGCAGACUUCCUGGCCAGUCUGACUCAGCUGAUGCAGGACCGCAGCGGGAUGCUCUUCAGCCCUCCUCCUCGCCCCCGCAGCUCCUCUUCCUCCCUGCAGCGCUCGCUAAGCUCCUCCCCCUCCCGCCAGGAGCUCCGCGAGGUCGGGGUAAUGCAGGGACGCAGCCGCUCUCCAUCCAGCUUCCCCGGCUCCCCUGCUGCUCGGCACGCUCACCAGCAAGACAGGUCCGGACCUGGCCAGUGGGGCCACGGCACCAGGGGAAGGGGCCUGAUCCAUGAGGGUAAAGGCUCCGGCAAAGUGAAUCGAUGACUGUAAUCGACGCAAGUGACUGAUCCUGAUGGUGCAACUGUAGCGAGAGGCUGUCUCACAUCCAGUCCCUGAUAGCAUGUGUAAAUACGAUAUUUACUCAAGGGAAUGUACUGUAUGUAAUGUAAAAUGUAAAAAAAACCAAACCUGUAUUUAUUUAUUUAUUCAUUUGUUGGAUGUGUCUCAAAAUACUUGACAAUGUGGCUUGAUACCUGCAGUUGAAACAAAAAGGUUGAGAAAAACCUUAAGAUUGCCAACUCUUUACCUCUCAUUUCACUCCAUAUAGGCCUAAUAUGAGACCAAAAAGAUAAUGUUUAAUACUUGAGGGAUGUAAAAAUGAUGCUAAUUGUAGAUAUGUACCAUUAAGACAAUGGUAUACACUAAUAGAAACCAUCUUCUCGCGUUAUGAACACUAAUAGUAAGUAACACCACAUGCAGUAUACCAACAUCAGCAUUCGUGUACAGAACCAGGGCAUGCAGCCGCAUAUUGACCUCACUCCUGUAAAACAGCUAGAUUAAUUAUUAUAUGUAACAAUGAAUUGCUCAUUCGGCAUAUCAGUGUAGUAGUGUGCUUUUACUUUGCUAGAAAAUAUUUGUCAUGCAAAAGGCAUCAGCAUAUUAGAAUGUACAUGUAAGUGCACUCAUACUUAUUAGUAUUGUAAAAGUGCAUGAGUAUCAUUGCAAAUGUUUUUGUUUUUUUAUUCGUUUGUACAAUCCGCUAAGACAUCUGUAUUUUUAUUGAACUGCUUCUGAUCAGAAUGCAUCAUUAUGUAGACCAGCAGCAGCGAUGUGUAUUUUUAUUUCACACACUCAAGUAGAUGGUAAAGGAGGAAACUGAUAUAAAUGGAACCUUUUCAUCAUGUCUUGUUGUUGCAUUUUAUUC